AUUAGUUAUCCAAACAUUAUAUUAUUAUAUAAAUUAAUAAACAUUAUAGCCUAUUAUUUCUUCAACUGUCAACAACUAUUCAGUAUAAGAGCAUACCAAAAUUAGUAAUGAUAAGUAUAUUUAUUAGUUCAUUUUAAUACAAUGUUUAAAAAUUCACAUAGUUUUAGCUAAAACAAUAUGGGUAUUGACAAUUUACAAAUUAUAUUUGAUAAUCCAACAGCAGUUUUCAUCCCUGGUGAAAUAAUUACUGGCAGAGUUCUAAUUAUUGUUAGCAAUUCUGUUAAAAUAAAAAAAGUAAAAUUAAAAUUUAGAGGAGAAGGUAAUGUGUUGUGGAGAGAACAUAAUCUUAUGACCCGAAGAAAUAGUAAGAAUGGAAGUAGAAGGCAUAGCCUUACACAUAAUAAGACUAAAACUGAAAGAUAUACCGCAAAAGAAGAAUAUUUUAAUCACAAAAUAAUAUUGGUGGGUGGGGAAGGAAAAUUACUUUUAAAAGAAGGGGAUCAUGUUUAUCCAUUUAGUGUUUCCUUACCUGAUAACUUACCGUCAACAUUUGAAGAAGAGUACGGACGCGUACAAUAUACAGCUAAAGUAGUAAUUAAUAUACCUUGGGAUAUUAAGAAAGGUAAAGAAAUUGCAUUUGAAGUUAUUUCCACCUUACAUUUGAAUGAUGAACCAUCCUUAGCAGAACCUAAAAUACUAGAAAGAGAGAAAUUUUACUGUUGCUGUUGUUGCAAGUCUGGACCGAUGACAAUGAUUGUCUAUGUUCCUUAUACUGGUUUUGUUCCAGGACAAUCUAUACCAGUUACAGUUGAACUGGAUAACAACAGCAAUGUGGAUGUAGAUUCUAUUAUAAUAAUACUGGAAAGAGUACUAAAAUUUAAAGCACGGUUCCCGAGUAGCAAAAUAAAAUGUAAAGCAUUAAAGAUUGUUAAUGUAUGUAUAGAUGGUGUUGAAAAACACACUUCGAAAACUCGCGUGGAACAAAUUCAAAUUCCAAGUAGUUUGAUAAUACCAAAUUUAAAACAUUGUGGAAUUAUAACUGAUACAUAUUCUCUACAUGUCGAGGCUUGUAUCAAUGGUGGAUACAUAAAUGAAGUAAUUUCUGUUAAUAUAAUAUUGGGUGAUAUGCCAUUGACAAUAGCUACUGAUGCUCGUCAAUUUGAUUAUUCUUUUCAACCAUCGAACCAAAGUUAUUUUUCAAGCGAACAUCCGACAAAUCCUCUUCCACCUGUAGAUGUUAAUGAGACAAUUUCUGUUCCUGGAUAUGCUCAUCUAGUAGUUCCAAGUAACCAAUUUUAUUCUGCGCCACACAAUAAUCUAGAAAACGGGACGAUUCUCGGACAAAAUAGUUCACUACAUAUCAAAUUUUCGGCAUACCCAGAUCCACCACCACCAUACCAAUUUUCAGAUCCAGAAAUAGCAACUGAUAUACAAGUACCAUCUAUUAGUACAUUAUCUGUUUAGUUAUAACUUCCUUUUCCACUUCCACAGAAAAUAUUAAACCAUUAGAUUUAUAGAACCAAUUUACUCAACUACCAAAUACCAAUGUAUGCUAUUCAACUAUCAGAUUAUCUGACUACCUGUUAAAUUAAAAUUAACUUUACUUUAACUAAAUUGAAGCCAAUUAUACAUGUAUUUUACAUAAUAGUAUUAUACAUGUAUAUAUUACGCAUAUUAAAUAUAUGAUAUUAUGUACAUGACUAAAUAAACAAUUUAAUGAAAUGUCAAGUCCUACAUAGAUACAUGAUACAUAAGUUUAAAUAUUUAAGAAGAAGUCAUUACCGCAUGAUAUUUUGUCUCCGUCUUACACACGUAUGACAUAGCAAAUUUUCGUUCACCAGUUUAAAUAGUAUGCUGUUAGUUUUGGUAUUUGAGUGAAUUGAUCUAUUAUCAAACUUUUAGGUAAGAACAUUAUUUGUGUUCUCUCCAUUGGUUAUUUACGAUAUUUUAAUGUUUAAGUGAGUUAUGAGUAUGUAGAAUAUUACCCUGUAUUGUUACUUUUGAUAUUAGAGUGAAUCUUCCCAUUAUCAAACUUUAAGUCAAGAACAUUACCUAUGUCCCCAUGUUAACUAUUUUAUGAUAUUUAAAUUUGUAUAUAAGUUAUGUACAUUAUUACUAUUUAAAAAUGUUUAUAAAUUAUAUAACAAUUAGAAUAUCGUAAAAAUGCCAACGUAGGAACACAAAUAUUGGCGGAAAUUGGGAGGGCUUGAGGGGGCUUAAGCCCCUUCUUUUUUAGUUUUGUAGAAUAGAAGCUCACAUUGAUGUUAAUAAAGUUAGCCCCCCCCCUGAAAUUUUAAUAGAUUUCCGCCUAUGGACACAGGUAAUGUUCUUAGCUUAAAGUUUGAUAAUAGGUGAAUUCACUCUAAUAUAAAAGCAACAGCACAGGGAUAGUUCUACUAAACAUAAAUUUGUUAUGUUGCACAUGGGCCAGAAGAUAAAUCAAAUGGUGCGCCAACAUCCUCUUAAAAAUAAUUGUAAAAGAAAAAGGUGACACAAAGAUAAUAUUGUGGUGUAAAUUAUAAAUUAAAAAUUUAAUAACAUAUUAAUAAUUUACUACAAAUUUACUAUGAAGAACAUAACUAUUAAUUGUGAUGGCUGAGGAUAGUAUUUAAUUCAUAUUAUUUUAUGAACAUUGAAUAAAAUUAUUGUAAUAAUCUACAAUUCAUUUUUUGAUUUUAUAUAAAUAUAUAGUUCCUUCAUAUCUUAAAUUUUGUUAAUGUAAUAUUUUAAAUAGUAGAUACUACAAUAAUAAUAUAAUACACUGUUGUGAUUCCUAUAUAAUAUUAUAUUAAAAUUUUUUUUUAUAAUUAAUUUUAUAAAUAAUAUAUGUGAUAUAAAUAAUAAUACUACCACAAAACUCUUCAUUUGUUUUACUUUUUAUCUAUAUUAACCAUUAUUGAAGUUGUUAAUAUUAUAUCUAGAAUCUAGUGGUUAUCUCACACUAUUUGCAUUUAUAUAACGUCAUAAAAUCAAUAUCUUAGUUUUAAUAUUAGCUUUUUAUAAUUGUACCUAUAUGUAUAUUUCAUUAUUAUCAAUUUUUAUUGACAUAUCUAUCCAUAGACUAUUUUUAAAUGUAUAAUAUGCUGAAAAAUAGACAACAGUCAUAAACCAUAGGUACUCAUACUAUGUAUUAUAUAGUGUUAUGUAAUGUGUAAAUAUUUGCUUACGUAAAUAUUUUAGAUGAGAUUCUUCCAUAAAAAAAACCUAUUCAAAUAUCAGUCAGCAAAUCGCAAAUGCCAUAAAAAGAGUGUUCUGUAUCUUAUAAGUUAUAGUUAUAUAAAAAUUAAAAAUAGGUAUUUUGAAUAUUUCAAAUCUGAGAGAUUCCUAUGAAAUUGUUUGGGUAAAUAAUAUGUAGCUAUAGUUGUUGAGUAAUGUUACAAUAUAUUACAUUACUAUUAAUACCACCAUUGCAGUCUAGACUGCAAAGACUGUAAUCAGUGUAUGUCUGCCCUCCGAUUGUAGUUACCUACUAACCUACUAAACACUUCUUGACAUCAUAGACAUUUUUAAGAAAAAUUAAAAAUGAAUUCACUUUAAAUAAGACAAAAGCUGUUUGUAUUAAUUGUUGUGAUAUAAAUCAAAAUAUAAAAUUAUGAUAUUAGAAAUGGGUUGCUAUUUAAAACGACAUUUGUAUCUAUAACUGUUUAAAUAUGUUUUAGAAAUCAAUUAGCUGUAUUCGUACUUAUAUUAUGAUGAAUCUUCAAUAACUAACUUAUGACU